AUGGGAGCUGCUGGCCCGCUGGUCUGUGGCAGCAUGGACAUCCGCAACGACGUCUCCCAGCUCCAGAAGCUGGAGAACUGCUCCAUCAUCGAGGGCAACCUGCAGAUCCUGUUGAUGUUCACCACGGGCGCUGAGGACUUUCGGGGGCUCAGCUUCCCUCGCCUGCUCAUGAUCACCGAGUACCUGCUCCUUUUCCGCGUCUACGGGCUGGAGAGCCUGCGGGAUCUCUUCCCCAACCUCUCCGUCAUCCGUGGCACCAACCUCUUCUUCAGCUACGCCUUGGUCAUCUUCGAGAUGCCGCACCUGCGGGACGUGGGGCUGCACAGCCUGGGCCACGUCCUGCGCGGCUCGGUCCGCAUCGAGCGCAACCAGGAGCUUUGCCACCUCUCCACCAUCGACUGGGGGCUGCUGCUGCCCGACGCUGUGGACAACACCUACAUCGUCGGCAAUAAGUUGGCUGAAGAGUGCGCCGACGUCUGCCCGGGCAUCCUGGACGUGGAGAAGCCGUGUGCGCAGACCAGCGUCAACGGGCAGCUGGAUUAUCGCUGCUGGACAUCCAGCUACUGCCAGAAAGGUGGGUGCCGGGGGCCGGGCGAGUGCUGCCACGCCGAGUGUUUGGGGGGCUGCGGGCGACCCCGCGACAACCGAGCCUGCGUCGCCUGCCGCCACUUCCACUUCAACGGGCACUGCCUGCCCUCCUGCCCGCCCCGCACCUACGAGUACGAGGGCUGGCGCUGCGUCACCGCCGAGUACUGCGCCAGCCUCCGCAAGGUCUCCGACAACCCCCGCGAUGCCUCCAAGUUCGUCAUCCACCAGCGACAGUGCCUCUCCGAGUGUCCCUCGGGCUACACCAGGAAUGAGAGCAGCAUCUUCUGCCACAAAUGCGAGGGGCUGUGCCCCAAGGAGUGCAAGGUGGGCACCAAGACCAUCGAUUCGACGCGGGCGGCACAGGAGCUGGGGGGCUGCACCCUUGUCGAGGGCAACCUCAUCGUGAACAUCCGCCGGGGCUACAACCUGGCCUCGGAGCUGCAGAGCAGUCUGGGGCUCAUCGAGACCAUCACGGGCUUCCUGAAGAUCAAGCACUCCUUCGCCCUCGUCUCCUUGUCCUUCUUCAAGAACCUCAAGCUGAUCCGCGGCGACUCCAUGGUGGACGGGAAUUACACCCUGUACGUCCUGGACAACCAGAACCUGCAGCAGCUCUGGGACUGGAGCCACCACGUCCUCUCCAUCCCCGUGGGCAAGAUGUACUUCGCCUUCAACCCCAAGCUGUGCCUGGCCGAGAUCUACCGCAUGGAGGAGGUGACGGGCACCAAGGGGCGGCAGAACAAGGCGGAGAUCAACCCCCGCACCAACGGGGACCGGGCGUCCUGCAAGACCCAGACCCUGCGCUUCAUCUCCAACGUCACCGAGUCCGACCGCAUCUUCCUCAAGUGGGAGCGGUACCGGCCCCCCGAGUACCGGGACCUCCUCAGCUUCAUUGUCUACUACAAGGAGUCACCCUUCCAGAAUGUGUCAGAGUACGUGGGGCAGGACGCCUGCGGGGCGCAGAGCUGGAAUGUGCUGGACGUGGAGCUGCCGCUCAGCAGCGAGCAGGCGCCGGGGGUGGCCCUGCUCAACCUCCGCCCCUGGACCCAAUACGCCAUCUUCGUCCGCGCCAUCACCCUCAACUCACCCACCGCCGAGGAAGGACGGAACUACGGGGCGCAGAGCGAGGUGGUCUACAUCCGCACCAUGCCGGCGGCCCCAACGGUGCCUCGAGACGUCAUCUCCAUGUCCAACUCCUCCUCCCACAUCGUGGUGCGUUGGAAGCCGCCCACGCAGCGCAAUGGCAACAUCACCUACUACCUGGUGCUGUGGCAGCAGCUGGCCGAGGACAUGGAGCUCUACGUCAACGACUACUGCCACAAAGGUCUGAAGCUGCCCACCAGCAGCGCGGACACCCGCUUCGGGGAUGGGGAUGGCCCCGAGGUGGAGCAGGACGCGGAGGAGAGGUGCUGCCCCUGCCGCCCCGCCGACGGGCAGCUCCGUAUGGAGGGCGAAGCCGAGUCCUUCCAGAAGAAGUUUGAGAACUUCCUCCACAACUCCAUCAUCAUCCCCAGGCCACCCUGGAAGGUGACAUCCAUCAACAAGAACCCGCAGAGGACCCCGAAGAGGCGCAGGGACGUGGUGGCCGUCACGUCCCCGGCCAAUGCCUCCUCAGCGGAGCCGCCGGUCCCGAGCCGUGCCGGGGGCGAGCCCAAACCCGACUUCCAGAUCUUCGAGGACAAGGUGGUGCGCGACCGGGCAGUGCUGUCGCGGCUGCGGCACUUCACUGAGUACCGCAUCGACAUCCACGCCUGCAACCACGCCGCGCACACCGUGGGCUGCAGUGCCGCCACCUUCGUCUUCGCCAGGACCAUGCCUGAGUUGCAAGCUGACAACAUUCCCGGCAACGUCACGUGGGAGCCGGCCGGCAAGAACAGCGUCCUGCUGCGCUGGGAAGAGCCCAGGAACCCCAACGGGCUCAUCCUCAAGUAUGAGAUACAGUACAGCCGCGCCGAGGAGGAGUCCGGCAGCUUCUACGUCCUGCUCACCGUCACGCCCGUGGUCCUCAUGGUGCUCAUCUCCUGCCUCGCCGUCUUCGUCUUCUUCUACAAUAAGAAGAGGUAG